AUGCCCAAGAGGAAAUUCAGCUCCGCCGAAGGCGCAGGGAAGGAGGAGCCCAAGAGGAGGUCAGCGAGGCUGUCAGCUAAACCUUCUCCUGCGAAAGUAGAAACAAAACCAAAAAAGGCAGCAGGAAAAGGUAAGUCGUCAGACAAAAAUGUGCAACCAAAAGGGAAAAAAGGAGCAAAGGGAAAACAAGCUGAAAUGGCUAACCAAGAAACUAAAGAUUUUCCUGCAGAAAAUGGAGAAACUAAAAAUGAAGAGAGUACAGCCUCUGAUGAAGCAGGAGAGAAGCCAAGUCUGAUUAAUCUCGUAUACCAUGUCCUAUCAGUGGUCCCUGUUUCUCCCUUUACAAUCCAGAGGAAUAUUUUUUCAACUAUUUUGUAA